AGUUUCUAAUCCAACGGGGGACCCGGCCCGGCGGCUGGAGCCCCAGCCCUGCGCGACGGCACCCCGGCGUCGGGCCCACUCGCACGCGCGGAGUGACCCCCAGACAUCCUACUAAAAUGAGCGUGCCUGGCAGGAAGAGAUGUGUUCCGUACGCUAGAAAUUACCCCGUCACAUGUAGUGGUGUCCCAAUUAAUGGAUUCUGACAUGGAUUAUGAAAGGCCAAACGUAGAGACCAUCAAGUGCGUGGUGGUGGGGGACAACGCCGUAGGCAAGACCAGGCUCAUCUGUGCCCGGGCCUGCAAUGCCACCCUUACUCAGUACCAGCUGCUCGCCACCCAUGUGCCCACAGUGUGGGCCAUCGACCAGUAUCGUGUGUGUCAGGAGGUGUUGGAACGCUCGCGGGAUGUGGUAGAUGACGUCAGCGUCUCCCUGCGCCUUUGGGACACCUUUGGCGACCAUCACAAAGACCGCCGCUUUGCUUAUGGGAGAUCGGAUGUGGUGGUUCUAUGUUUCUCCAUUGCCAACCCCAAUUCCCUCCACCAUGUUAAGACCAUGUGGUACCCAGAGAUCAAGCACUUCUGCCCCCGAGCACCUGUCAUCCUGGUGGGCUGUCAGCUGGACCUGCGCUAUGCCGACCUGGAGGCCGUCAACAGGGCCCGGAGGCCCUUGGCUAGGCCCAUCAAGCCCAAUGAGAUCCUUGCCCCGGAGAAGGGCCGGGAGGUGGCCAAGGAGCUGGGCAUCCCUUACUACGAGACCAGCGUGGUGGCCCAGUUUGGCAUCAAGGACGUCUUUGACAAUGCUAUUCGGGCUGCCCUCAUCUCCCGCCGCCACCUGCAGUUCUGGAAGUCUCAUCUCCGCAAUGUGCAGCGGCCCCUGCUGCAGGCUCCCUUCCUGCCUCCCAAGCCGCCGCCUCCCAUCAUCGUGGUGCCCGAUCCCCCGUCCAGCAGUGAGGAGUGCCCCGCCCACCUCCUGGAGGACCCGCUCUGCGCGGACGUCAUCCUGGUGCUGCAGGAGCGGGUGCGCAUCUUUGCGCACAAGAUCUACCUCUCCACCUCCUCCUCCAAGUUCUAUGACCUGUUCCUCAUGGACCUGAGCGAGGGGGAGCUGGGAGGCCCCUCGGGGCCAGGAGGCCCCCGCCCUGAGGACCACCGGGGUCACCCUGACCCACACCACCACCACCACCACCACCAUCAUGGGCGGGACUUCCUGUUACGGGCAGCCAGCUUUGACGUGUGUGAGAGUGUGGAUGAGGCUGGGGGUUCCGGGCCUGCUGGUCUCCGGGCCUCGACCAGUGAUGGGAUCUUACGGGGCAAUGGCACAGGGUACCUGCCAGGCAGGGGUCGUGUGCUGUCUUCCUGGAGCCGAGCUUUUGUGAGCAUCCAGGAAGAGAUGGCAGAAGACCCUCUGACCUUCAAAUCUCGGCUGAUGGUGGUAGUGAAGAUGGACAACUCCAUUCAGCCAGGGCCCUUCCGGGCUGUUCUCAAGUACCUGUACACAGGAGAGCUGGGUGAGAACGAGCGGGACCUCAUGCACAUUGCCCACAUCGCUGAGCUGCUAGAGGUCUUUGAUCUGCGCAUGAUGGUAGCCAACAUUCUCAACAAUGAGGCCUUCAUGAACCAGGAGAUCACCAAGGCCUUCCACGUCCGCCGGACCAAUCGGGUCAAGGAAUGCUUGGCGAAAGGCACCUUCUCAGAUGUGACCUUCAUCCUGGACGAUGGUACCAUCAGCGCCCACAAGCCCCUGUUGAUUUCCAGCUGUGACUGGAUGGCCGCCAUGUUUGGGGGGCCAUUUGUGGAGAGUUCUACCAGGGAGGUGGUGUUUCCCUACACCAGCAAGAGCUGCAUGCGGGCCGUACUGGAGUACCUGUACACUGGCAUGUUCACCUCCAGCCCCGACCUGGAUGACAUGAAGCUCAUCAUCUUGGCCAACCGCCUCUGCCUGCCACACUUGGUUGCCCUCACAGAGCAGUACACGGUGACCGGGCUGAUGGAAGCAACCCAGAUGAUGGUGGACAUCGACGGGGACGUCCUUGUGUUCCUGGAGCUGGCACAGUUCCACUGUGCCUACCAGCUGGCAGACUGGUGUCUCCACCACAUCUGCACCAACUACAACAACGUGUGCCGCAAGUUCCCGCGAGACAUGAAGGCCAUGUCCCCAGAAAACCAGGAGUACUUUGAGAAGCACCGGUGGCUGCCUGUCUGGUACCUGAAGGAAGAGGAUCACUACCAGAGGGCACGGAAGGAGCGGGAGAAGGAGGACUAUUUGCAUCUGAGGCGGCAGCCCAAGCGGCGGUGGCUGUUCUGGAACAGUCCCUCCUCCCCUUCCUCCUCCGCAGCCAGCUCAGCCUCCCCGUCUUCCUCCUCGGCUGUGGUCUGAGGUGUCGCCACCUUCUUCUGACCCCGCUGCUGUUGUCCCCGUUUGCCCCUGGCCCUCUGCUCUUCUGCAUCACCCCUUCCACCUGACGGGGACAAGGGCGCGCACGUAGCCAGGACCCUAGGGGCAGAGCUGGCCUCACCAGCCAACAUGGCUGUGCCAGAGAGGAGCGGGCUCAGCCCAGGGCCUACCUGCAGAGUACCCACAUCCAGGCAGACAGGAGACACGUGCCAGGAGGUGGCUGCAGGAAUGAGCUAAGAGCUCUGGUGUUCUUCUGUGGGCCCAAGGAUUUUAUGGAGUCCAAGGAGAGAGCCUCCAGCAGAGGGCUUGUCUGUGUGUUUUGGUCUCUGCUCGGGGCAGGGAGCCGUCCCCUUCCCAGUGAGCAUGAGGGUCCUGCCUGUCUCCCGCCAUGUCUUUCCAUCCGUGGACUUGAAGGUUCCGGAAGCUCCGGGAGCACAUCCCCACCGAGCCUACUCGGGUUCUCCGUGGAGAAGUCAGGGUAGAGGUGAAGGCUUCGAGCACAGCGUCUGCAUUCUGGAGCUGAGCUGCUAGAGGACAUGUGG